AUUUUUUAAAAAAUUGUGAUUUGUGAUGCUCAAUUAGAAAUUUAUCUUUUAUUUUUUAAACAAAAACAAACAAACGAAAAUGGAAAAAUUAGAUACAACCAAACCAAUAUCAUUCAGUUUUUCUGGUUGUGGUUUUAUGGGCCUGUAUCAUGUUGGUGUUGCAUCUUGUCUUCGUGAAUAUGCACCAAUAUCACCGGAUACAAAAUUUUUAGGAGCAUCAGCCGGUUCAUUAGCGGCUGCUAGUCUUGUCUGUGAUAUGCCAUUGGGUGAAAGUACAAGCGAAAUUCUUAAUGUUGCAAUGCGUGCACGUGCACGUGCACUUGGUCCAUUUCAUCCAUCAUUCGAUAUUAAUCGUAUUCUUUAUGAUCUCCUUAUGCGUACAUUACCUGAUGAUGCACAUAUUCGUGCUAAUGGACGUUUAUAUAUUAGUGUUACACGGGUUAGUGAUGGUAAAAAUGUAAUCAUUAAUAAAUUCAAAUCUAAAGAGGAACUGAUCAAGGCAUUACAAUGUUCAUGUUUUAUACCAAUAUGGUCGGGUUUAAUACCACCUAAAUUUAAUGGUAUUAGCUAUAUUGAUGGUGGUUGUACAAAUAAUUUACCAAUAUUGGAUGAAAAUACAAUAACUGUAUCACCAUUUUCCGGUGAAACAGAUAUUUGUCCACAAGAUGAUACAUUUAAUUUAUUUCAAUUUAAUUUUACAAAUAAUUCGAUGUCAAUAUCACCAUCAAAUAUAUAUCGUAUAUCAAGGAUUUUAUUUCCAGCCCAUCCGGAAACAUUGAGUAAAAUAUGUCAGCAAGGUUUUGACGAUGCACUUCGUUAUCUUCAACGUAAUAAUAAAAUAUCCUGUACAAGAUGUUUGGCCAUACAUUUUACAUUGGAAAAAGAGGAAAUAAAUAAAUAUCAUAGACAUCAUAAACAUCAUGCAAAUUGUCGUGAUUGUGAAUAUCGAAGGCAAAUUGCCAUCCUUGAUUCAUUGCCCGAAUCUGUUGUUGAAGCUAUUCAAGAAGCCUGUAAUCAAGUUAAUAAUGGAAUCAUUAAUUGGCUAUUCCGUCAUCCUCCAAUGAAAUUAUUGUCAAUAUUAAGCAUACCAUAUUUAUUACCGAUUGAUAUUACAAUUGCAUUGUUUAGUAAAAUUUAUGAAAAAUUACCGGAUAUACAAAAAGAAUUGAAAGAUUCAUUUAUGCGUUUUAUAUCAUUAUUGAAAUCAUUAUUGGUUAAAAUUGAAUCAAAUCGUUAUUUUUAUUCAGCAAAAUUUACUUGUCAAUUAGCAGUCAAAGAAUUUGAUUAUACAAGUGAAGAAAAUUUAACCAAAAUACGUAAAUCAUCCAGUCAUUCAAAAUCAAUGUUAAUGAGUGAUAUUGCUAAACAACAUCAACAGAAGCAGCAGCAACAACAACAACAACAACAACAAAAACCUCAACAACAACAACAAUCACUGCUUAAACAAUCAUUUAGUAAAAGUUUUGAUCUAAAGGAUGUUGAUUCAGUUAAAAAUCGUAAAACAUCAUAUGCUGGUCAUGAAAUUAAUGUUAAUCGUAAUAAACCAAGAAGAAGAUCAAUGAUUGAAAUUGGUAGCCAAUUAGAUAUGCCACCUGAACGUGUUAUUUCACAGCUAAAUUUUGAUCUUAAAUUAGAUGUAAAACCCGAUCAAUCUAAUGGAAAAAAUAUUGAUAAAAGAAAUGAUGAUGAUGAUGAUGAUGAUAUUGAUGGUUCAUCAUCAUUAGAUAGUAAAGUACUUGAUAUUGAUAUUAAUGAAAUUGAUCAAAAUAAUGCUAUUGAAAUUGCUAAUAAAGCAUUGAAUUGGGAAAAAGAAAUUCUGGAAAAAUGUCAUGAUCGUUUAAGUAAUAAUGAUGGAAAUUUUGAUAGAAUGGUUGAAAUAACAAGAAAAAAUGAUGCAGUUAUGGCUUAUUAUUAUACGGAUGAAAAUAAUAAAGUACAAUUUACUGAAUUAUUUAAAAUUCGUGAUGAAGAUUUGGAUAAAUUGAAUGAUAAAGAAAAUAAUAAUAGCAAUGAUGAUUCGAAUAGUAGUAAUGAUGAUUUACAAUAUGAUCAGAUUACAAUGUAUAAAAAAGAUAAUGAUGAUGGUCUUAUUGAAAGUAGUACCAUACAACAAUUCAACAACAUCAAACAUCAUCAUUAAUCGAUAAUAAUAAUGGAUCGAAUGUAAAUGAAAGUCCAAAAAAACGUCCAAGAAAAUUAUCAUCAAUUAUUAUGGUCGAUUAGAAUGAUAUAAA